UUUCAGAGGCCGUGCGCCUGGGGCCCAGUAGCAGCACGACCACUACCGUCAACGCCACCGCCACUGCCGGCAACGGGACGACCAAUGCUGCCAGCAAUGCCACCAGCAGUGGCGGCAAGGCCACUCCCAUCAAGCCUGCCAGCACCAGCAAACCCUUGCGCAAAAUGUAUCGUUUCCCAUUCGCUUUGGGAGAAACUUGGGGCAAGAGGAGCGAUCCCUGUAUGUGGGAUAUCAUUCUGUUUGAGAGUGCGGGCGUCCUUCCCGAUAAGCAGUUGUUUCAGUUUGAAACCCAGGAAGCCUAUGAGAAUUGCAACUACAAGCGUGCCACACUUCUGCAAAAAUUCUCUAAUUAUGGAGAAGUAUACCG